GUGGUUUCCGAUUGCUCUGGAAAGGGCUAUUUCUUCGCAAGAACUGAGUCUCCAGCACUCGCUAAGACAGACCUCUGAGUACCUGGGCACUUGGCCUUCCUGCCUUCCCAUCCUAAUGGAAGAGCGAAUGUAGCCAAGCUGACCAUUACCUUCUGUGAAGCUCACUACCAGACACCUUUAAACUUUCUGUCCAGCAUUGCUUCACCUGUGGACUGUUCUAAAAUUUGCCUUGUUGGGGGGGAAUAACGAACAAAACCGGGGCUAGAGGAGGUCAUUUUGAGCAAGUUAGCUCCUUUUCCCUCUCUUACAACUGGAUGCAAAGCCUAAGGCUGUAACUGGCUUGGAUUGCACCUUUAAGUCCGGGAAGCUGCAGAAGAAAGAGACAAUGGCUCUGAGUGGGAACUGUAAUCGUUACUAUCCUCGGGAUCAAGGGGCUGCGGUUCCCAACUCCUUCCCCGAAGUCAUAGAGCUGAACGUUGGGGGCCAGGUUUACUUCACCCGCCAUUCCACAUUAAUAAGCAUCCCCCAUUCCCUCUUGUGGAAAAUGUUUUCCCCAAAGAGAGACAACGCUAACGAUCUAGCCAAGGAUUCCAAGGGAAGGUUUUUCAUCGACAGAGAUGGCUUCCUGUUCCGUUAUAUUCUGGACUAUCUCAGGGACAGGCAGGUCGUCCUGCCUGACCACUUUCCAGAAAGGGGAAGGUUGAAAAGAGAGGCUGAAUAUUUCCAGCUACCCGACCUGGUCAAGCUCCUGGCCCCCGAGGAAGUCAAGCAAAGCCCAGAUGAGUUCUGCCACAGCGAUUUUGAGGAUGGCUCCCAAGGAAGCGACACAAGAAUCUGCCCCCCCUCUUCGCUGCUCCCUCAUGACCGCAAGUGGGGUUUUAUUACUGUGGGUUACAGGGGAUCCUGUACCUUGGGCAGAGAGGGGCAAGCAGAUGCCAAGUUUCGAAGAGUUCCCCGGAUUUUAGUUUGCGGAAGGAUUUCAUUGGCAAAGGAAGUCUUUGGAGAAACUCUGAAUGAAAGCAGAGACCCAGACCGAGCCCCGGAAAGAUACACCUCCAGAUUUUAUCUCAAGUUCAAACAUCUGGAAAGAGCUUUUGAUAUGUUGUCAGAGUGUGGAUUCCACAUGGUGGCCUGUAACUCCUCGGUGACAGCGUCUUUUGUCAAUCAGUAUACCGAGGACAAGAUCUGGUCGAGCUAUACCGAAUACGUCUUCUAUCGUGAGCCUUCCAGGUGGUCCUCCUCUCAUUGUGAUUGCUGCUGCAAGAAUGGUAAGGGAGACAAAGGGGAGAGCGGCACCUCCUGCAAUGACCUCUCCACUUCCAGCUGCGACAGCCAGUCAGAGGCCAGCUCUCCCCAGGAGACGGUGAUCUGCGGUCCUGUAACGCGCCAGAGCAACAUCCAGACCCUGGACAGGCCCAUUAAGAAGGGCCCCGUGCAGCUGAUCCAGCAGUCAGAGAUGAGGCGAAAAAGUGACCUGCUCAGGACUCUGACGUCAGGCUCCAGGGAGUCGAACAUAAGCAGCAAAAAGAAAGCUGCGAAGGAAAAGCUCUCCAUCGAAGAAGAGCUGGAGAAGUGCAUCCAGGAUUUCCUGAAGAUAAAGAUUCCAGAUCGCUUCCCUGAGAGAAAACAUCCUUGGCAGUCUGAACUUUUACGGAAGUAUCAUCUAUAGGGGAGGACUGGGGGUAGUCGCCACUCUGAAAUCAAUCUCCCCAAAGGAGCACAUAUGUUAAAGGAAAAGUAUCAACUAACGAUCCACAUUUGUUAGAACACAAUAGUCCGUUGAUGUACUACUGCCUACUUUAACUAGCUCACCUUAAUGUGUAAAUCCACAGGGUAGAUUCCUUUUCAGACGUGGAACCAGAAGCGAGCUCCUGUGUUGUCCUUUGUCUUUUAUUAACUUGAUCCCAUGUGCUGGGAAUCUUCCCUACAGUGAAAGCUGUAGCUGAGUAGCUCACAGGCUUUAGGGCUCAUGUACCCCAAACCGGAUUUUUUAUGUUUGUUUUCCUCUCAUAUUCUGCCUCCUUCCUUUGGCUAAGGAUGGGGAAAGAGUCAAGAUUUUUAUUAUUUUUUCUUCGCUUUUGUUGAUGGGGUGAAGGGAGAAUGGUGGAUUUGUGUGAUUUUUCACUUAGAUCUCCACGUGCCAGUUUCUAUUGACUCCGUAUGCAUGAGCACUUGUGCACCACAAGCACAAUCUAUGUCUGUAUAUAUGCACAAUGGAUGCACAUGACCCAGGGCCUGGACAGCCAAGGACUGACAUCCUGCUUCCAGAUGCCCCCACAAGAGCAUUCAGACAAAGGAACCUCUGCCUCUUCAUUAAGACCCUCCUGGGUAGAUUUCCCAGCCUCCCUUCACAAUGCUUUCUAACGCUGAUUAGCCCCCCCCCCCAUCAUCAAUAAAUUCUCUUUCUUAUUUUGAAAUACAUACCCCCAGGCUCCUGUGCACUGCUGUGCUCUUUCCCCACGUUAGGAGACAGUGGGAUGAGCUAGUGGAACACUGUGUGUGUUUAACCAACAAGCAGAUAUUCACAUCCACAAACAUAGCUUUGAGAUGCACUCAGCCUUCUCCAUUCUUAAUUGACAAUCCCCAUUCUCCACCUGACGCGGAGUUCUAACUUGCCCACAUAUUAUUGAUGAGGCCUUUUGUUCAGGCAAGUUCUUUGCAUCCCUAUGAGUUGUGAAGCUAGGAACAACACCCAAUAAUUAAAGAUGCAUCCAGCCUUCGGUUUGCUUGCUUUAGAGGAUCUGUACCCCCACAUGCUUCUUAAUUUCUCAUAUGAACUUUAAACUACCCCUGUACAUUAUUGCUUGCUUGUAGACAGGCUUGGUUGCCUUUGGGAUCCUAGGGUUUGGCUGUGGCCACACUAUGGUUUAGUCAUACCAUUUCUGUCAUGUCUGUAAGGACCCACGUGGGUGGCUGGAACACAAAAGUAAUGAAUUUGACUUUUUAAGCUUUUUUAAAAAAUAUAUUCCUGACCUGUAUAGAUACAGUCCAAAAGAAAUUGUUAACAAUGUCUACCCACAUGCCUCUUGUCUUCUAUUAAUCUUCCAAUAGUUCUUUUGUUCACUUGUGCUAAAUGAAUGUCCAAAGACAACUUUUAAUUUUCAGCAUUUAUCACACAUCUUAGUGGUAACUGAAAAAUGAUUUGUCACUAUAAUGUGCCAAGCAUUCCUAAUUUUUUGGUGUGUGUGUGUGUGUGUGUGUGUGUGUGUGUGUACGUAUGCGUGUGUGCGUGCUCACAUGUGUGUAGUUAGCACAAGUAAUAAAGACAACCAGAUAGUGUCUAUGGAAGAAAAAAUAUCUAAUGACCAGUUUCUUUGUUUUAAGAAAACUUUUUAAAAGGUACAACUAUUAUUUAAAUAUUUCCUCAUUGAUUUAUUGAUGUCUGUUAGUAUAUGGUUGUCUUUCUGAAUUUUUUGUAAUUCUUGACUACACAGGUGGGUAAUAGGAUAAGGCAAUGUUUUCUUGUCCUGAUGCUUCAGAUAAAGUUUAAAAUUUUAUUUAAGUGAAAAAGAAAGUUUCCUUGGGGUGCUGAAUUGCCAGGAAAAUUAUCAUUUCUGAAAGUAUUGUUUUGUGUAUUAAUAUUUUAGCAGAUAGUUCAUAGAUAGCUUUGUGUGUGAACCCUACUAAUGCAUCUUCAUUGUCUCUGUCUUUUGAUGGUAAAUCAAAGAUACCAUCACAGUAACUAUGGAAGAUACUGGGAAGCAUUAUGGAUUUUAAUGGGUCAGAAGAAUCUGGAUGUGAAUUGUGGACCGGAUGAUCAUUGACUCACUGAAAGGGCUGUCAGAGAAUCUGAGGUUUGAAUAAACUGGCCAAAGUCCUUUCUCUUAAAUUUGAGCACUUAAUCAUAAUGGUGUCAAGAAAGAGAGGCACUCAAGAACUGGGCUGGCCAUCAACCCACAGAUACUGCUACAAUCUUCACAGAAGAAAUGAAACGUCUUACCCACAGUCUUAGAGCAACUGCAGGCUAUACUAUUAAGGCAUUUUUUUUUUUCUUCACGGGUACUGUUUGUGCCCACAGUGAACAAGCUUAGUGGUAGAGAUCUGUUGAAAAACAGCAUAUCACUUUCAUUUGGGGCUCCCUGUAAUGUGACACCUGCCCCAUGGUAAAAUGUUUAAACAGAAAAGACAAAAAAGCCUGACAUCCACUUGUGAGGGUAUGGAUAUGUUCAGAAAUCUAGCCCAAGUCAGUAGAAGACUUUGAGGAGGCGCCAAGAACAUAAAGUCUUAGGUUCCCAUGGCAAGGAGAUAUUCCGUGUACUCCUUACAGUCUUCAACACACUGGAAAGGAUCUCUGGCUAAGUGAGCCCUGAGAUUAAGCACUAUGCUAUCCCUGGCUUCAGAGUACUAAGUACAAUUAUGGACAGAGCAAUAUAUGUACAGUUCAGUUCUUGAAUGUGGAUUUUGACAGGAGCUGUCCAUUGUUGCUAUGAAGAAAUGAAUAUCACUGGAUGGUCAAAUGAACUUGCCAUGUAUAGAGACUUAGUUUGGGAUGCUGUCUCUGAAAUCCUAUAAGGUUAAAUCCAAUAAAUUUGGGCAGAUCAUUCCCUAAAUGGAUAUGAGUCUCCUGAAGUCAGGGAUAUAUUUAUAAAGUCCUCCUACCUACUAUUAAGAAGGGAACAAAAAUACAAAUAACAGAAGGAAAGGAAAACACAAAUGUUAACAUACUAUAAUGACCUCUUCUGUGGUUUUGUUUGCUUGUUUUGAGACAGUGUUUCUCUGUAGCUUUGGAGCCUGUCCCGGAACUAGCUCUUGUAGACCAGGCAGGCCUCAAACUCACAGAACUCCACCUGCCUCUGCCCCCUGAGUGCUGGAAUUAAAGGCAUAGUUCACUACUGCCCGCUCAGAAAAAAAUGCAGUGAUGUAUAGUUAUGAGUGAUCCUGUGAAGUGGCUUCCAAACUACGCUGUGUUGUAUCCCUUUGCACAUAAGCACAGCUACCCUGCUGGAAAAGCAUGCAUGCUAAGCUUCUAGAAGGGAGGAGGAGUGCAAUGACAAACAUGCCCCAUAGUGGAAUGCCUAUUCCAGCUGACUCAUUUUGGAGCAAUGCUUGAUUAAAAGAGGGACCACAUGGAACUUCCCAUGUAUCCAUUGUCCUUGUUUGAUUCAGAAGCAUCCUUUCCCACAGAUGGCAGGUGUCUGUUUAUUAUUCAAUUGCUUAGCCACCCCUACUUAUGAUUUGGGGCUGUGUUUGCUUCUCCAGACCCUCCAAUCCUUUGAAUAUCUUUUUUUCUCCUAAGCAUAACAUUUUCCUAGGAGGAAAAGAAAUGGCAGAUACAGCAUUUUGAAAAAUUGCUCCAGUACAGUUCCUACAAAGGAAGUCAAAUUUUGACUCUUAACUUUUUUUUCUUUUUUGGCUGUCAAUCUUCCAAUUUGGUGUAGAGUAGAAUAGACUAACCCAGAAGAGCCAAGUCUUGGUGUUUCUACCACUGGAUACACUGUCACACAAUUUGAGUAAUGUUGGCCUUAUGUUUGGUCUUUGCUAGAAUUAAUAAGACAUUUUCUGUGAACUUAUAGGAUGAAUUCUUUGUCAUCUCUACUUGACAUAACAAUUUUCUAAGGAAAAAUGAAGGGAAUUAUUUUCCCCCUGGUGACUCUGUGGCAGAUAAAUGUUUUUGCCAAUUUGCAUGCUGAGUUAUAGGUUUUAGCAUGGGCCAUUUCUCUCUUUAAUGUCUUGGUACUGUUGGCAUCUUACGGUCUUGAUGGCCCACUGUUCCAAUUUAUUUAUUUUCUUUUAGAGUGUCAAAAGAACACACUAGAGAAAGAAUCAGCGUGAACAGUGUGUAUUUGGGAUUACAAUGGAGUUAGGUAUCAGUGGUAAGGGACUA